AACAGCCUCUCUCUAAAGGGAAAGAGAUCAAAACUCAUCCCCAGCCAACCUCCCCUCAUUUCCCUUGACCUCUUGUUGGUUUGCUUAUUGUCUACUGAAGUCACAAAGACCAUCUGCUGCUGAAGAAGAUGGAACCUGGCUGGCUGCUCCUUCUCCUGGCAGCCUUCUGGGUCAGCGAAGUCCAGACUGCAGCUCUUGAGGAGGUUUCCACAGCAGACACAGAAACCACACCAGUUGAAAAAAUGAUUAAAGAAUCUAUUGAAGAUACUGCAGCCACAGAAACACCAUCAGCAGCAGACAUUUUUAAACAAUUGGUGGAGGGUCUUGAUCUCGAAAUACGAACUCUGAACCAUGCCAUGCAAGAACAUGGAAUUUCAGCAACAGAAAAUGAAUCCUCAAAUGAAAAAAUGCCUACAGUAGCAGCGCUAACUACCGACACAGCAAAAGUCACCGAGGAUAGCAUAAGACUUGGAUUCGCUAAGAAAUACGAAGGAAUUGAAGAAAUGAAAAAACCAAGGGCUCCAGACCUGAAGGAGGUGCCAAUAUGGUUAAUCAUAUUCAUUGUCCUUUUCACUGCUGCUGUCUUCUUGGGAAUAAUGUACCGAUACAGCUCAAAACGUGCAAAGAAAAAGCAAGACCUGGAGAAAGGAAACAAGAUUGAGAAAAAAGAGAGCCAACUGCAAAAAGGUGACGCUGUGUUCACUGACACUGAGAAAAAUAACAACAACUUCACUUCAGCCAUUUCCCCCUGAAGAGCUGCCACAAAGACUUUAGAAAGUCAGCCUGGAGAAGCGGUUCUCUCUCCUCCACAAGAGAAACUGUUCCAAAAUAACUGAAACUUUAUGAGUGGAUAUUUUAAAAAGACAUAUUAUAGUGGGAUAAGUUACAAUUGUAAUUAUUGGGCAGACUCUCUGUGAUAAGAAUUAAUCUAUUGCCAAGGAUUUCUUUGUCAAAUAAUCACUGUUUGAACAAUGGCAAAAGGAUAUAUCUACAUUUGUAUGGCAAUAGACCAAUUAAAUUUAAGGUGUUACAAGAUGCAAAAGAACAGAGUGGACUAGAUGCACCUGACCUGAAACUUUUUUUGCAACUUGCUGUUUAGUUUGGAUAAAAGACUGGAUUUUGUUGAGCAAUACUAGGAUGUUGGAACUGGAGGGAGGGACAUGAUUGGAGAUAUGGCUGGCAUGGUUACAUAUGGUAUGACAAAAGGAAAAUGAAUUUGGACUUUAAAAAAAAUCAUUAUGUUAGACGUGCCUUAUUACAAAUAUAGGAGAGAAAUAGAUUAAAUUUAUGCCCCAAAAUGCCAAAGUGGGUAUCUGCGUAAGAAGCAUUCUAUAAAAAAGAGACACAAGACAAGAGGAAAUGGUUAACUUACCAAGACCUUCUAGAAAAUGUAAAAAAUGA